UCAGAAAUGUGUGAGCACAAUUUUCUUAGUUCUGGCUAUGUUAGUCCGAUGUUGAAUUAUCCAGCUGCGGAUACCUUGCCUUUUUCCAGCUGGCCCAAUGGCGCCCAUCCGUCCGGACUCGCGCAGCUCUACGGCAGGAGAGAGGUGUGUUCACUCCCGUGGACUUCCCCAAAUUCGUGUACAAGCUCGCCACAGAGCCUCGCCUUUAACUAUUCUCAACCGUUUAUUACCAACUCUGUGGCUGUGACUGGCCAUAGCAAAGGAGACUCCUGUAAAUACUACGUCCAAGAUGCAAACCCCAAAGCAGAGUUGCCGGACAAACAUACGACAGCGUUUACCGGUGAGCAUGGGAUAACAGGAACUGGCAGCUUUAGCAAAUGUGACUUUUCAGACUUGGACAAACGGUUGCAAAACACGAUGGCACAGACUGGAGUGAAUUCCAACAGCCAUGCAAUAAUCAAUGGCACUGAACAGCUUGCACACUCCACUGCCCCCGUACAGCCCACAUCGAGUUCUCAGAACACCAGUGCAGCUUUUACAAACGGAUUGCCUUGGUGUCCUGCACAAGUGAGAGCCAGAAAGAAGAGGAAACCUUACACGAAGCCACAGCUGGCUGAACUUGAGAAUGAAUUUAUGAUGAACGAAUUCAUAAACCGACAGAAACGGAAAGAGCUGUCGGACAGACUGGACUUGAGUGAUCAACAAGUAAAAAUCUGGUUUCAAAACCGGAGAAUGAAAAAGAAACGUUUAUUAAUGCGCGAGCAUGCUUUCUCUGUGCACUGAAGAAAAAUCAGUGUUUCUCUUAUUGGUGACCACAGAGUACAAGUUGCUCCUCGCCUUGACAAUGAUUUUCCAAGUGAUUUAAGAAAAUUAAUACACUUGUAUUUUUAAGGAUACGAGAAAUCGACAAAAUUUACAAUAUUUAUUUACGGCAAAUUCUGGUCUAUAGUCUAGCUGAUCACGCGAAUAAAUGUAAAAAAAAAAAAAUAGUCCCCACCAUAGGUUUUUGACGCAAGCGACAACAAAAAAACAUUUUACAGGACGCACUUAAUUAAAAGUAAACUUAAAAUGCAACAUUGUCUGUAAUGUCAUGUAUCAAUAUGCAUCAUCUGUUGUGUUUCUGUCUUGAUUUAUCCAAAGAUUUUGCCUAUUUAAAUUGUAAUGUAAGCUGUCCCCUGCAUUGUAAACCCAGGAAAUAGGUGUGUGUACUUGGAGUUUCUUUUGUGUGUGUGUGUGUGUGUGUGUGUGUGUGUGUGUGUGUGUGUGUGUGUGUGUGUGUGUGUGUGUGUGUUUUCUAAUGAAAAACCUUGAACUGGAGGGAGAGCGUCAGCUUGAUGAGUACAAGCUCAGGUUUGUAAGUAAACAGUCAGGUUAAUUCCUAGUCUGGGUAAUAACCAGUUGUCCUCACACAAAUGAUCACAAAAGGUAAUUUACCUUUUAUCAGAGAGCUGACAUUGUAUAGAGGGUCAAUGUAUCCUAACAUUAAACAGACUGCACAUAUAGGCUA